AUGAUGAACCACCGCAGAGGAUCUACACUCGCGAAAAAUGCGCACAAGCCAAGGCACUGGCACUUAGCUGCAACACUCCUCUGUUGCCUGGUCGUUAGAUUAACCACCUUUUAUGUCACACACAUCCUACACGAAAGUGAAUACAAAUACAUUGACCAGUUAAUAGGGGUUGACAGGGAAGGGAGUCCCGACCAUGGAGGUCUCCAAAAAAGAGCACGUCUUUCCCACCAGGGAGAGGGCACACAUUAUUUGCACGCCGAACAAAUCAACGAUACAAAGGACCUGCAAGAAUAUUUCCAAAGGAAUAAGCGCAAUAGAAAAAUGAAGCAGUUUUUAGUAAAACAUGAUUCGAUGCAUUACUCCUUCAACUCAGAUUUGUACAAUUUAAAGUACCUCUACGAAAGUGACCUUUUGGGACGGCUUUCAGCAGACGUUUACUCCUCCCUGACGGUGCGCAUAAACCCCCUGCUGCUUAAGGCGCUGCAAUUUGUGCUCUUCAGGGGUAUCUGCAAAGGGGAUAGAAAUGGUGGAAAUGCUAAACGCGGGGCGUACCCCUCCCCGCUGAACAGACCUGAAGUGCGUUUCUUCCUCCUCAUCUGUGCAGUCGAUCUGCUCAUAGGCGUCUUCCUAUUCCUAAUAGUGCAACGCCUAGCUACGUGGGAAGCCUACUUCCGCUAUAAGAAUCAGAAGCGAAGCCUCUCCCCCCAACGGUCUAUACAAAACCUCAUUGCAACGCUCGUUGUAAAUGCAAUGCUGCUCUACGUCACGUCAUUUCACUUCAUCCUUGUUCUCAUCGGUGUAAAUAACCUCGUGGUUUACAUCCACCAGGGGAUAAUAUACAAGCACAAACUUAAGGUGCCAAUAAACUCCCUCCAAAUGUUUCUGAUUCUUCUGCAAAAUUUGGCUUUGCUCAUCGCAACGCUGGGUGUGUAUGCUCUCCUCCUGCUGGCCUCUGCCUACGUCAACUCGGGGUCUUGGUCCUUCCUAAACAACACACUAAUUAACGAAUACAAGGUCCUCUUCCUGCUGCCCAACUUGGGAAAUUAUUGGUACCUCUUCUCCACGAUGUUCCGGGACUACUACCACUCCUUCCUGUUCCUCUUCCAUUUCCACGUGUUCCUCUACCCCCUCCCUCUCCUCUUCCGGCUGGUGAAGACGCCACUGAUUUAUUUAAAAAUCAUGAUUUGUAUUGCCCUAGUUUUUCAUCCCAACAUAACGGUGAACGACAUUGUGUUUUCUUUGCUGCUGCUCGUAAUUGAUUACAAAAGGACAGUUUAUGCCAUCCCCUUCGCCAAACUGAUAAUCAUACUGCUGGGAAACUUGGGACUCUUCUUCGUCACAACAAAUUUGUGGUUGCGCAAAAACACAGGAAAUGCCAACUAUGUCUUUUUUAACCAGUUGAUCGUUUUCAACAUAACGACUUUUAUCAUAACAAGUAGCAUAAAAUUUUACAUCCGCGUCCAAACGCCGGAGAGACAACUGCAGGAGGGAAAAUGCAUCGUCGUAUCGCAGGAGAAAAACAAGUUUAACCUUUUUCAAACUUUGAAGGAGACAUUCAUGUAG